GUUUUCUGUGGCAUGUGCCCUUGCGACAGCCAUUUUGCCAGUUCCGUGAGAAAAUUGUGUUGAAUUUUGCAAAGUAAUCUUAAGCGGUAAGAAAAAUUGAUAAUUAUGUUGUGUAGAUUAAACCGUGUUUUAUUUUUUUUUUAAAGUGGGUGUUAUUUUUGUGCUGUACUUAAUACCUUCAACAGUAAACAUCUGCGGCUGUUUUAGUAAUCGGUUAUUUGUGCUGCCCGUGAAGACGUUUCGUUUAUGGAAGCCAAGUGAUAACCACAUGGUUUCCCGCAUUUGUAUAGAAUAUAAAUUGUACUACUUAAAAACCGACACAAGUCAUUCCCAUUUUAGUGAACUAUAUUAGGGACAGUUCAAGAUUUUUCUAUUCCCCGGUUAAUUCGACUAGCACCUUUUCCGUCUUAAGAAUUUCAAUAAUUCGAUCAUCAUAAUUCGAAAGACCGAAUAGAAACUUGGGAUACGGUAUAUGGAUAAAAAAUACACAGACAAAUCUAAUGAUUUUGACCAGUGUUGUAUCACGUAACAAUAUCCAUUAAAAGUGAUGUCAAACAAAAGUUUCAUACGUCAAAUACCUAGCAGUGACUAGUGAAAUUGUUGACAAUUUUUUCAAGACUUAUGCUAUAAAGUAAUAACGUUCGAAGUGAUUUUUGGGUGUUCCAACUGUUUAUAAUGUACUUUUUCGAAUGUAGGAAACCAUGUCCAAUCGUAAUUUAAUGUGUAAAUGACCUUGACGCAUAUAUUACACCCAUUACUUAAAAAAAUAAGGUUAGGUUCUGGCUGUACUUCAACAAUCACCAUAUUAUACCAUGCAUGGAUACGCGUACAUGAAUGGGGAUGUUGGCAAAGUGCCUUCAGGGGUGGUUUAUGGUACCACCCCUGAGCCAACACCAGUCAUGGGAACACACCCGGAAUAUAUAACCGUGAACGGGGUAGCAGAGGGAGCUGACGGGCUUAGUCCUCUACCUCCCUCAGCUCCCCAAGAAAAUGCCUCUCAAUCAGCUUAUCCCUUGCCGCAGCUUAAGCAAAUGCUUUCACAACAAUUGGAAUAUUACUUUUCUAGAGAAAAUUUAGCAAAUGACACAUACUUAUUGUCACAAAUGGACAACGACCAGUACGUGCCAAUAUGGACGGUGGCGAAUUUUAAUCAAGUCAAAAAAUUAACGAAGGAUAUCAAAUUGAUUACUGAAGUAUUGAGAGAAUCGCCUAACGUUCAAGUAGACGAAGAAGGUGUCAAAGUUCGUCCAAACCACAAGAGGUGUAUAGUGAUUUUGCGUGAGAUUCCAGACAAUACUCCCAUUGACGAAGUUAAAAAUUUGUUUGCUGGUGAAAAUUGUCCACGAUUUAUUUCCUGUGAAUUUGCUCAUAAUAGUUCUUGGUAUGUAACAUUUGAAUCUGAUGAAGAUGCACAGAGAGCUUAUAGAUAUUUAAGGGAAGAAGUUAGAGAAUUCCAAGGUAAACCAAUAAUGGCGAGGAUAAAAGCAAAACCGAUGAAUCGAUUACCUAUACCUCCGGUUACUGGCGUUAAAAAUGGCUUUAGAGCAACACCGCCACCGACGGCUGUAUAUGACCCAGCAGCAUAUCCACCUGGACAACAAAGGUUUAUUUACGCCAAUGGUACACCUGGUCAACCAGUAGCUGCAUACAAUCAAGUGAUAUAUCCUACCUAUCAGCAGCAACAGUUUUACGCUUCAGUCGCCUGGCCUCCGUCUCCAAAUUACUUUGAUAUCAACACAGUGUUUCAAGUCAAUGGGCUGGCUCCUCAAAACUUCAAACACCAGAAUUAUCGCACUAAUCAAAACAGACCACGUAAACAAUCGAGAAAUGCAAUGCAAAGCGACCAAUCUUCACAGGGUUCUUCUCAAGGUGGCAAUGGUGGUAAUAGUAGUAACGGACAAGGAAAUUCAAGACCAUCAACUUCUCAACAAGGUCGUUCAAAUUCACCCUCGAGUACCAGCAGUAAGGGAAAUUCUUCUAAAGGGUCAACUUUAGAAGGCGCAAUUCCAAAAUCUAGCCAUAUUCAUAAUGCAUCUAAUGAGAACAAUGAUUACUCAGCCAAUAAUACAACUCCCACUGGCUUACCAGUUAUGCACACAGAUUCAGAAAUCUAUAGGUUUCUACAACCUCAAUCCGUAAAAGAAGUCAUUCCUCCUAGACAUCGUAGGAAAAAACGUGACGAAGAUACCACGACUAAUGGGCAAUCAGUUCAAAUGCAAAGUAGAGAAACAGUCAAUUCGAGAGGAGCCGAAUUCGAUUUGGUAGAAGAAGCAUUUCCCCCCUUACCAGGCUUGGAUGUUGGUUCGCAAUCCAAUUACAAGCACCAAACUGUGAUGAAUUCCACCGUAGAGGUGUCGUCUUCAAUCCAACCGGCUCCUGAACCUCAACAAAUACCACAACAAGGACAUUGGGGAGAGAACAGACUUGCUGAUGUUGUUAAAGGUACGGCAAAAAUAAAAGUUAACAGUGCUGGCUGUGGAGGCGGCGGCAGUAGCAAAGAAUCUAGUAACGGUGGCGGCGACGAUUCUCCAAGAGCUAUUUCUCCACAACAGUUUCCGCCUUGCAAUCAAACUUCCAGACAAAAUUCAGGAUCGACGGGACCCCCUGAUUAUAAAGACGUCUCUACCGAAAGUGCGGAUAUUCAACUCAGUACAGUUACGCUUACACCCCCAAGCUCACCUGAAAAGUUAGUUCCUGCUUUGCCAAUCAAAUGUACCAUGGCCGACAAAUCUACUAAAACUGAUGACGCUCUUCUAAAUGGUGAUUUGGACAUCCCCUGUCCUACAACUACAAACGCUGCCACCAUGACCACAGUUGUGCCAACAGAAGCCCCAUCUCGGUCAGGGGUUGUUGUAACUACCACCAGUAGUUCUAAAAAUCACCUACCUGUGCAUAGACAAGAUUCCAAGGCUGAAACUUUGAGGCAUGCAGUGAUAUCACCUCCACCUCUAGCAGUAGACUUACCUGGUAAUCCACCUCGGAAGAGUUAUGCUCAAGUUGCGCAACAUCACAAAGAAGCAAAUGUCCAAAAAGAACAACAGACCAGGGAAAAACAAAUCGUUACUCCACCAACAUCCGUAGCUGCAACAAAGGCAACUCAGCCAAUAACGAAUUAUGCAAGUAGUAGUAGUAGUACCAACACUCGUAGCCAAAACGAACGUGAUAAUAAAGAUAGUAGAGAUAAUGGUCCACAACGAACAGAAACGAGCGGUAGCGGAAAUCAACAGCGACAUAAUGGUAUGAAUCGCGGAGGUGCCAGAUCCAGCCAUGAAAGGUCUCAGAGAAGAAGAACUGAAAUGAGAACAUCCCAACUACGCGACUUUGUAACUCCCCGAUCUCCCAAGUAGCACGGAUUCAGGACGUUAGUGUUAAAUGGGGACGGUGGUGCUCUUGUAAUGUCACAGAUAUUUAUACAUAUAUAUAUAUAUAUACAUAUAGUGUGCGCCGAUUGACUGCCCCAAACAAAAACAAAACUUAUGGCAUUUAGGGUUUCCAUGUACAUUAUGAUUUCACUUUACUGUGUGCGAAUCAUAUGUUCCUAGCCGACUGUUGAAUAUUGAUAUAUUUAAAAAAAAGGAAUAUGAAGAAAUAAAUAUUAGUGCUGUACGACGCAGGUUGCGCGACUGUGAUUGGCCCAAUUUUUGUUGACGCGGCUUACCCGAACUCUUUUAUCUCUCUCUCUAUUUCUCUUGACGUCUAUCCAUGUAUACAGGCUAAUGUUAAAAGAUUAUUUUUGACAAAUAAUUUACCAUUCUAUAUAUAAGAGGGAGUGUAGGUAUUAGUGUAUAAUAUUGUUGGUUUUUUUUAAAUUGAAUUGUUGCGCCCUCCCUACCUUUGCUCGAUCGCUAAACGAAUACAUAUUUUAAAUUAAAACCGAUUUGGAUCGAGAGACGAUGAUACUUGUGAUUAGGAAAUUAAGGAAUGCCAUGAUUGCAUUAGUAUGGAUGGUCUGAUGUGAUUUUUUCUUGUAAAUCUAAUAAAAAUCAAUCAAAACUUGAUACAAAAAAAAUUAAAUAAUUGAUGAAUUGCAAAUAUAUAAUAUUAUAUUUAUCCAAUUCUGUGAAUUUGUAUUAUAAAUUGAAGUACCCUCGUAAAAUAUGAACUUGGCGGCACUUAAAGGUUGCUCCCUUACCAAACAAAACAAUUAGAGAAAUUAAUUUUCUGCGUUGUCUUGGUGGACUUAUCAAUUUGUAUUGUACCUCGCUUUUAAAAUAUGCUUGACAUAUCUUACAAAAAAACAGUUUCUAUUUCAAACAACAUUCUGUUAUUCAAAAAAGUUAUAUUUGACAAUAUGUCACGAAACAACAAUUAUAAUAAAAUUAUUGUUUACCCACUCAAUCUCUGUUGGAGUUGUAAUUAUUCUCCAGUUCUCUUUCCAUUUUUCCUUACUUGCUACCACCUUCACGUCCUUUAUCUACGCCUUCCUUUAGACACCUAACAUCAUCUUACUAUUUUUUUUCUGUCAUUCAUUGUAUGUAGAUGACCUCACCUCAAUCCUUCUUCAGUUUUUUUUCUAUUGGCGUUGACUGUUUUCAAAAUUUACUCAUAAAUAAUGUACAAGGUAGUCCAGAAAUAUCUACAUUAUUUUCUAGAGCUGAUAGUGUCUUAAUAUAAAGAUACUGAGUAAUAAGUGGGUCUAUUGAGAAAAUGAAAUUCAUAUUUGGUAAAUUAUUAUAUAUAAUUAAUUUCAUGUUACCACAUCCUGUACAGAUAUAGGGUAGUUUUGGAGGUUAGACGAGACUUAUUAUGUCACUAUUCUUAAUAUUUUGAAAAAAUGGUUUAUGUGCCAAAAAUAUGCUCUUCUAAUGACUUAAUUAAUUUGUUACAUUUCUACAAUACCAAAAAUACUCUGUUUCCAUAUAAGUUGAGGUAGGCGGUUACAUCAAAUUAAUUACCUCAAUGUCAUAUAAUUAGAGUCAAAAUGUGUAAUUUGUAAUUGAAAUUGUUUGGAUGAUAUUAAAAAAAUGAUGUAAUGUAUUAAUUUCUUUAAAGGAUUGUACCUCUCCUUAAAAGUACAUAUUUUAUUGAAAAAACCCAUUACAUUAAGUACCUUUUUUUAACUCACUCAUCAGAUUUAGAAAUUAACGUAUUUGUAUAUAAUUCUGGCCACCCUUAUAAAUUAUGUUAAUUCGGAAAUUUUUUUCCAUAAAAAAAUUAUGCAUUGCUAAAAAAAUGUACAUAUUUUAAACGAGAUGGUAUUAAUUUGGUUCCUUUAGAAAUUUGAAUAAUUUGGUAUCAAGUUUUGUUGAGCUUAGUGUUUAUUUAUAGGUUUACACUUGUCCAAUUUGGAAAUAAAAUUGAAAUUUGACUCGACAUCCAAAAUUAAAAAAAAAAUAAUUUAUUCAACAGAAACUAUUCAAAAAUUUUCUUGUAGUGGUAGUUUUUUAUUUUUAAUCUUUAUUUCUUAAUAUGCAUUUGACUAUAGAAACAGAUCAAUAAAAUUUUAUUCACAAUGAUUUCGAGAUAACACGUGUCAACACAAAAUUUGACUUUGACUCCAAUGCAUAAAAUUUGGAUCGUAAUUACACGAAAAAAAAAUUACAUAACAUAUAAUAGUUUGCUUUUGUAUUUAGAAGUCGAACUAAGCGAUAUUUUUCAAAAUGUUUAAUUGAAGAUAGAACCUACAAAUAAAUAUGUUUAUAACUUUGUAUCAAGCUUUACUAUCAAAAUAGCUCAUAAAAAAGUUAAACAUACAUCAGAAGUUUUUAUAUUCAUAAGUACUUUGUUUAAAUAAACCCCAGAUGUAAUCUCCCAUCAUGCUUUCAUUGUAUUGGCCUUGAUAACGCUGUUCGAAGCUCAUAAUGUCCUGAUGAAAACGUUCUCCUUGUUCUUCUGAAUACGUUCCCAUAUUGUUUUUAAAUUUAUCUAAAUGGUAAAUGAACUUUCAAUGACAUUUUUAGCAUAACUUCAUCUAACUAGUUUUCAACUCUGUUUUUUUUUUUAAAUUCCUGAAACUACUGAUUUUAAACUGUACCAACUCUCUUUUUGAGUACUAUUCAGUAACUUUAGAAAUUCUUCAUCGGCGAAAAUUUGUCUAAUUUGCCUAACCUAACCUAACCAACAAAAACCCCACCUUCAACUUUUGCUUCUGAUAACUUGGGAAAAAUUUUUUUCAAGUAUCGAAAAGUUUCGGAGGUUUGAUCGAGUUUUUUAACAAAUUGUUUCAUCAACACUUUUUCCGCUUCAACAAUCAUAUUUUACGUUUUGUUUUCCGAAACAAAAUUCUGUUCUUACAGGCCAUGACCGUUGAAUAUAGUGCUUAUUAUUCGCUCCGCUACCCCAUAAGCACAGGAAAUACGGAGAAUUUGCAUAACCCAUCAACUAUUUUGAAAUCUUAAGCAAUUUUCAACACUUUCAUAAUUUUCUUUUAAAUGUACUGAAUGAGCAAUUGGAAGAAGUGGGAAUUCAUUUCCCAUAAUUUUUUUGGUACCUUAAGUACCGUGUCAGGUCAUGAGCAAUUGGAUCAGAAGAAGAUUCGAGGUCUGGGAUAUUCGAUAGGUUUUGCAUUUUUUACUUGAAGUUCUCGUCAGAUUCUUAUUAUAGCAAAUUUCUCAAUUUACUCAUCUUUCAAACAUUUUUUACAAUAACUACAAGCAACAUGUGGAGCCCAUAACUACGACUAGGACAGUCAAAAUAUGCUUCGUAGUUCACAUAGAACAUGAAAUGUCUUCAUAUUUUAUGUCUCGAACUUUAAUAAAUUAACCACAUAUAAAACGAAAUGCAUCGGUAUCAUAUUUACACCUUUACAAUGACAUUUUAACAUAUUCUAGAUAUGUAGAAAACAUCGGAUCGUUGUUUAUCCAUCGAGCGUCAUCUGGAGGCACCCUACUCUGAUCUAGCAGUAUUUUUAAAUGUAUUAUAACUAAUUGUAAUGAAUAUAAAUGAGUAUUAUUUCUAUAACUGUCACAAAAGCAAACCUUAUAUGAAAAAAAAAGUAUAUGUGUAUAAUUGACCGAAAAAUCAUAAUAUAAACUUUAGGACAAAGAACGAAAUUUUUUUUGUCGAGUCGUGUAAUUGAAACAAUUUGGACUGAGUAUCAUUUAUGUUGUUUCUUGUUGACUAGGAGAUAAAUCUGAUUUUUAUUAUCAAUUUUCCAGUGAAUGACAUAUUAUCAUUAAAAACAAACAAUUUUGUUUCUAAUUCCCGUGAUACGCCACUACGUAAAUAAAAAAACAACUUAGAUCAGGUUGCUCUGUAUUUUAAAUUUUUUACUAUAGGAUAAUAAACGAUUAUUUCAAAUGUUAUAAUUUUGAUGUACAAUCAACUUUUCGUGGUUUCUAUGAAACUCUUUGUAUAAUAUGCUCCAGACUGCGGAAAGUUGAUGUUUAUAUAUAUGUAGCAUUGUCCAAGAUGACAUUAAUCUUAUCAAUACGGUAGCUACUACUACUCCGAUUAAUAAUAGUUGUAUGCAAAAAGGUUUUUAACUUCAGGAUUAUUUUCUUUAUAAAAAAAACCAAGCAAAAAAUUUUAAUCAAAUGAUUGUCGUAUCUAUUUAGUAAAAUGUACUUUAUAUUGUAAAGGCGUGCUUCCUAUAUUGUAUAGCAAAAAAAUUGUAAAGGAAAUUAUUCUGUGGUUAAAUUUUUUUUAAUUUAUUGGUGCAGUUAUCUUUUCUUAGACUAAUUUAAUACCAGCUAUCCGAAAUUGCGUCAAAUUUUAGUUGUUACAAUUUUUUGUUAGUUUCAGUUUUUAUGUAAACCUGUUUCCAGAUAAUUUUAGGAUUAAAAUGUUUUUUAUAUGCCUACAGAACAGUGCCUAGUUUUCGUUCAUAUAUACUUCGCCCACUUCUUCAAAUUCCUCUUUCUACAGUAAAACAAUGACGAGUACCUUCUAUGAUUUUCAAUCAAGCUCACUAAAUACAAAAUUAUGAAUCGAGGGAGGUUUGUGAAGGUAUUUCAAAUUUGAAAAGAAAAAAGAACCAGUACAAAGCAAAUCUAUAACCUUCAAACGUUCUUUGCAUUAUUAUCUAAUAAACUAACUCGAUAUAAUACGUUACACUGACAAGUUGCCAGUUUAUUGAUUGUAAUUGCCCGAAAGUAACGUCAUCGAAUCGGUGGAAAACGAAAUUUUAUCAGUCGACAAAGAUACAGGUUUGAUAGCCGAGCGGAUUGUUUUAUUCAACUAUUUCUUCUUCUGUAUUGACCUUUUGAAUAACAUACAGCCAAGAUCUAGUUUUGUUUGUUACCGGCAUGAUUGAAGAGUGUGGUAUGUCUGAAGACUUGCUUCUAAAGUAAGCAUAGGUGACUACAGAAAGUAACAGAUAUAGACUCUUUAGGUUCUGUGGUGUAUCCAGGACUUUACACCGAAGCUUGCACCAGGAGAGUAUGAUAAAGGAUUUUUUUCUGGAAGUAAAAAAACAGCUGUGUCUCCUAUGAAAGUAAAAUUAUUUUCUACCAUUCUACAACUAUUAUAAGCUUAGCAGUGGAUUACAAAAUUAAAUGCUAACGCCAACUGUCUACUUAAGCCAUUUCGUAUUAUGUACUUGAAUUAAAGCUCCACUGACUUCGACCCUGGAACCAUAAGCAACGAAUAGUUCUGCAAAUAAGUUUCAAGUCUCCUAAUUAUCCACAGUCAAUUGUUCCAUAAUUCUUCUUUAAUUAUUGCCCAGGUGUCAGGGUAAUGUAAUUUAUAUUCUCUUAUUAAUUUUUUUUGUCUCUUUUGAUUGGAUUUCGUUUCCUGAGAUACCUGAAUGACUUGGUAACGGGAUUUGCGACUCGUAGAAUAAUGGAAACUAUUGUUCUAUUUACUUCAAGCGUAAAGCUGUUUUAUUCCAAAAAAAAAAUUUUUUCAAAACAUUGAAAAUUAUUUUACGUAUUCUGUAUUCUUCAAUAUUGUAUUUUAUAUAUUGAUCGAUGAUAUUUAUGUGGGAUUAAAUUGGUGUUUGUCUUUAUUCGAAUUUCUUUGAUAUAUAUUAUUUUUUAUAAAUUAUAGUUUAAUAAAUUGUACACGAUAUUGAAAUUUUAUGUCAACUAACGCUAAUCAGUGAUUAUUUGUUUUAUCAGUAUAUAUUUCCUUUCCAUUUAAACAUUUGACGAGAUUUUUGUAUCGGCGAGUUUUUUUUUGAAUUUAGCUAAAAUUUGUUCAUAAUCAUAGCUGGUUUAUUAGAUUUUAUUUGUAUUUGUAGGGUUAGUAUAUAUUUUGUAUUAUUUUAAAUGUUAUGCUAGUAUAUAAUAUGAUAUAUAUGAGAGGAUAAUAAUUUUUUUUAUUUCGAGAUAAAUUUUUCACCUCGGCACCUGACUCAUUUAGUUAGCAAAUUGAACAUAAUAAAAAACAACUCUUAUAUUAUAAGAUGCAAAUAUAAUGCCACGAUUUAUUAAUGAACAGUUAUCACAGGUUUUUUUAUAUAAGUUGUAUGCUAUUUAUAGGCUGUGUAUGUACAUAACGAAUUUACAGUGGCGGAGCAGAGGUUGGGUCGGCGGCGCCUUUUUCAGUUAUCAGUAUAUAAUUUACUUUUAAGACUGUUAGCUGAUUUUUUUGUAGAAUUGUUAUUUUGAUUGAAUCCUUCGUUUUUUUUUCCAGUUUGCACACUCCACUAUGUGUAAUCUAUCUAAUUGAGUUAUAUGCAUCUCAGUUUUGUUAAUUGUAAAUUAAAAGUAGUAUUUCCAGGACAGAAGAGCUUUUAAAUAGAAGAAAAAAAACUGUUUAAUAAUAUAUGAAAAAUUGGUAUUAUUUCGGUUGCGAUCUAAUGCCACAAAAAAAAAUUAUUCGAGAUUCAAUUUUAGAAAAACUCCCAAAACGUUCCACUAUUUUAUCUUCUAAGCUGGAAUUUCUGAAACCGUUGAUGAUAUUCAUAUUGAACACACUGUUUACACCAAUACUCACAAUUACACUGUCUGAUAUGAGCGUUUUGAUGACCAAGAAAGGUAAACUGUAAACAGUCUCUGAAGACGUUAACUUGGUUAUCGAAAUGCUCGUCAGAUAGUGUAGUGUUGGUGUAAACAGUAUGAUCAGUAUUUUAUCUUCUACUCGCCAACUUAUUAUCAGUACUAUUUAUUCAUUCAAAUAUUUUAAUGAAUAAUUUGAUGUCCUCUCUGCAACAGUAGUAUAAAAGAUGGAUAGUAUGGGAUUGAAAAACAUGAUAAUCUUCAAAAUUGAAUUGAAGAUUUUCAACAGUAUAUUCUGAUUCUUUUUUCAAAUAAUUUCCGUCAUAUUUUCAGAAAGUGUCAUGAAAAGAAUAGUUUUGAUUGUGUAGGUUUUUGAAAUACGAUUUUUUUUAGAGAAUUUUUAAUUUGUUCAAACUUCACUGUAUAAAUGUUGGUAGUAGUUCAAAUAUCCGUUUUUGUUGAUUAUUUUACCUCCUUGACAAUCAAUUCGUUUCUUUUGCAGUUUUUCAAAACCUGAUACAAUAUUUAAUAAAAUACCAAUUAUUUUCGCACAGAAGUAUAAUAUUAAUACUAAUUGGUAUAUAUUUUCAAAAUUUUUUUCUGAUAGUAUACACCAAGUUGCUCUGCCCUGGUUAAUCAAGCGACAAUCAUGAAAAUUUUACAAUUGUUCAAUGAUAAGACGUUUGUAAUUUAUUCUAAUCUCAUUAUAAAUCGGUAAAAAUCCUUUAUCGUUUCAAUUUCCAGUGAACCAAUUAGGGAUCGAAUGGGCAAUCAAAUCUUUUUUCUCAUCAAAAUGAAUAUCUGUAGUUAGGAUUGUGUUGUAUAGAAAGAAAUGAUGCUCUUUAUUUUUGGAUCUCGCAGUAAGAUACUUUUAUUUAACACAGUUUCAUGGAUAUAUUUAUCCAAUUCUUUGAAACUAACGAAUCAGAUAAAUCUUUUUAAUGAUCUCGACUUUCUGGACCAAAAAUACAACUUUCCUGCUAAAAUAUACUAAAAAUGAUCACGAAACUUUUUACAUUUUUCAUAAACGAUUUUCGUUAAGGAUGUUCUUCUGUGCUGGGAAUUAGGUCCUAGAAAUUUUUUAUACAAUAGACACAAAUCUAUUUUUACAGUUGUACAUUUUAACUUUAAACAUAUUUUGUACCAAUGAGUGUUCCAGUCAGAUGCAAUAAUAGAACUCGACAAAAAUAAUCAAACCCGAUAGCUCACUUUUGAUUUAUUGUAAAUUGUUCCAGUUGACAAACACUCCAAAUAAAUAAACGUUUUAACCUUGUGCAUUAUACAAGCUCGAGUGUUGUGAUAAACGUAAUUAUAUCAUUUUCGCGCGCACUUUAUUACAUUAUAUAAUCUAUUGUAAAUGUUAAUUUUUUUGUAUGGCCAUGAAGUGUAUUAAUUUCAAUAUUACGUACUUUUAAAUAUUAGAGGUGAUGAUAACCUUCGAUCACCUCUGCCAGACUUAGAGAAUCUUUUGUUACAAAGUGCUCGGAAAAACUGUAUAAUUAGAUUUUAAGGUUGAAACGUUAAGAGAUUGAAGUUUAUAAAAUUAUUGUUGAUUUGGGAUGAAGCAUAUUGAUUUAUUUUUUUUCUGAGUUAGCUGCAACUAAAUUUGCUGUGGUUAUAAGGAUAGAAAAAACAAUAUAAACAUAAUAAUAACCUUAAAAAAUUAAUACUAUUCUUAACCCAUUAUAUAUGACUGAUAAUUUCUCAAAUUAGCUCAUAGUUUGAAUUCCUCAAAACAUUUUGGCUCUCUAAAUAUAUUCAAAGAAGUUAAAGAAUUUAUUUUAAGUUUACUUUUGCUGUAAACACAUUUUAUUUCAAGUUAAGCUCUUUUCAAACAUUCUGUCAUCUUUUGAGAUGUAUGUCAUCUGUAUAUAGUUUUUUCUAUAUUACUAAUAAAACGUCAUUUACAAUGUCCGGAAUCCAAACAAAUUUAUUUUUUAUUGAAAUCCUAUAAGCGAAUAAAUAUUUUUUUAUAAUAUGUUUUCAGACAGACUCAGAUUAUUAAAUAUAAUUUGAAUUUGUAUGUUCUAAGCUUCAUUAUAAUUUAGAUAAAAGCCAAGCCUUUUGUAUACUUUUCAUUACAAUUGAUUUGUUUGGAAACCAAGUACUGAUUUACACCAAGGCCAGGCGCAAAUUGAGAUGUGUAUAGCACGCGUGAGGUAGCGUGCAAGACUCGAACAUGCUACUCGUGCUGCAUGGUGAUCCGCAUAUUGAGACAUGCGUUUUCAAAUAGGAAACGGUUUGAAUUUGAUUGGCAGUUCGCGACUAGCCAGCGACAAUCGAACAAAACAAUUGUUGUUAUUGAAUUUAAGUUCAGAAUCGGAUGAUGCAUCGCAAAUCCGAUUUUUUCAGUUUUGUCUACACAUAAUCACCAUUUUUAGUAUCGUAAAGAUCUCUGUGAUAUUUUACCUCUAAUAACUUUUUUCUGUCAUUUUUCGUAAAAAAAAUUGCAGAGCGGGACACGUCUGUGAGCUCACGCGUGUCAUGUCAGGUCGCGCUGCGUUGUCAAUUUUCGUCACUGUAUUCAAUCUUGUAGAUAGAAAAACUGCACAGUGUGGUGCAUACCUCACACGAGCUAUACGUGCCUAAAUUUGCGCCUUGCCUAACAUUCUAUGUCACACUAAUGCAGAUCACAGUGAUUUUUAAUUAUUUGAGAGUUGUCCUCUUGCUAUUUAUCAGAAAUUUUGACGUUCUUUUCUCAUUCGUGUCUGUAACCCCUUGGCAUGGUUUAUUACCAGGGGAAGAUUGUGAUCUAUAUAAACAAUACUUACUUGAAUACAAAAAAUGCGAAAUGUAACCAUUUGAAGUGAUUAAAAAGUUCAUUGACGUUUAUCUAAUUUUGUUAUCACUCUAUCGGUAAUUUGUUUUAGUGAAUAGCUAAUUCAGAAUAAUACUUUUUUAUGGAUGCCGUUUUUAGAAUACAAAAACUGGUUUGUUUUUAAAUUGAUUUGUUAUUAGUUGUUUUCUUUUGAAAGUAUCCAAUGAUAUCCAUACUAUAUUUAUAAUUUUUAAAUACUGACUAUUUUUUUAAAUAUAUUUGACAAAACACACCUUAGAAUGUUU